GGCAGCUUGUUUAUCUAUCUAGCCAGCUCCAGUUCCUCCAAGCCCUACCUGCCCCGUCGCCUUUUGCUUUUCUUAUUGCCACGGGGCUCGGAUUGCCACCGAAGGCGACUCGCAAUGGAUUACCGGGAUGCGCCUGGCCGCCUCACCCUUCCACCGAGGCAACGAACGGGUUCGGGACAAUGGAAGGGCAUCUACAGUACAACUCAUCGUUUUAUUCAAAGGAAUCUGAAGAUCCUACCAAAAGUAUUACAGAUAAAAUUCAAGAAAAAACGUGGUUCCGCGGGCGGCGGCAGCAGGAGCGACUGGCCGGAGCCCAAGACGUGAGGAAACCAAGGCCGCGCGCGGGAGGCGGCGGCGGUCAAUGUUAUUUGAGCGGGCUCCCGAGGCCUUGGCAACCGCAGAGCCCACGAUGCAGAAAACCGCCUACUACGACAACGCGGCGCUCUUCGGGGGCUACGGCGGCUACGGCAAAGCGGACGCCUACGCCUACACCACCGGCCCGCCACAGCCUUACGCCCAGCCGGCUCUGGACACCGACUACCCGGGCUCGGCUUGCUCCCUCCAGGGCGCCGCCCCCAUCCGAGCGCCGCCGGCCCACAAGAGCGCCGACCUCAGCGGCAGUUGCAUGCGCACCGGCGGAGGCAGCCAGGCCGUCCCUCCGCCGUCCCAGGGCCUGGCCGAGCAGCCGCCGCCGCCGCCGCCGCCGCCGCAGCCCCAGGCGCCGCCACCUGCGCUGCCCUCCCCCUCCCCGCCCAAUAAUCCCGCCCACGCGGUUCCCGCCAAGAAGGGCAAAGGCGGGCCCAACUCGUCGAGCGGCUCCACGGCCACCAUAAGCAAGCAGAUCUUCCCCUGGAUGAAGGAGUCCCGCCAGAACUCCAAGCAGAAAAGCAACUGCGCCCCCGCAGGAGAAAACUGCGAAGAUAAAAGCCCCCCAGGCCCUGCUUCCAAACGGGUCCGCACCGCCUAUACCAGCGCACAGCUGGUGGAGUUGGAGAAGGAGUUUCAUUUCAACCGCUAUCUCUGUCGCCCACGCCGCGUCGAAAUGGCCAAUCUGCUGAACCUGACAGAGCGUCAGAUCAAGAUCUGGUUUCAAAACCGGAGGAUGAAGUACAAAAAAGACCAGAAAGCCAAAGGGAUUAUGCACUCCCCGGUGGGACAGUCCCCUGACCGAAGCCCACCUUUAAGCGGUCCAAACCACGUAGGAUACUCCAGCCAACUCCCCACCGUCAGUAGCUUGAGCUACGAUGCUCCUUCGCCAACAUCCUUUGCCAAAUCGCAGCAAAACAUGUACGGGCUGGCGGCUUACACAGCCCCUCUCAGCAGCUGCUUGCCCCAGCAGAAAAGGUACCCGGGAGCCGAGUAUGACCAUCACGCCAUGCAAAGCAAUGGUGGCUUUGCCAACCCCAAUUUGCAGGGCAGCCCCGUGUAUGUUGGAGGGAACUUUGUUGAUUCCAUGCCAGCUUCUGGCCCGAUGUUCAACAUCAGCCAUCUUUCUCAUCCUUCAUCCGCCAGCGUGGACUACAGCUGUGCUGCUCAGAUCCCGGGCAACCAUCACCAUGGACCUUGUGACCCCCAUCCCACAUACACAGAUCUUACUUCUCAUCACACAUCUCAGGGAAGGAUUCAGGAAGCCCCCAAACUAACGCAUCUGUAGUAGACUGGAAUGGAUUCAGAAAGAGAGACAGAGAAAGAGAGAGAGAUUUAAUGUACUCGCGUUUAAAUUACCUCACUUUUUUCCUGAUGUUACAGUAUAAUUACUUUGUGUACUUUGCGUAUUAGUGGAUUUCUGUGUCCCCAGUAGCAGCUACAUUAUCUUGUUUAUUUUUCUAGUGACUCUUAAGUCCAUGAAAAUGACUUUUUUGUUUUGUUCUUCUGAUUUUUGUUUUAACAGUUUAAAAGCAUGACAGUGCAAUAUCUUCAUUUUUUAAAAAAAUAAUAAUAAUCCUACAAGGGAAUAAUAAUUGGUAAUGAUGUACUGGAAGGUAAGUUGUAGAAAUCCAUUAGUAUUAGCAGCAAGGAAGUCCUGAUGCGUUUACAACUAUUGGGACCAAAAUGGGGACUUGUUUCGGAGAAGUUAAUUUAUAGGAGCCUUCAGCAAUGUAAAAUAUUGCUUUGGACUUAAAUAAGGUGUAUUUAUUAUUUUAAGAGAAACUUUUUUUUGUAUCAUUGAUUAUUUAAUCCUGGUCUUCAAUGUAUUUAUGUGGAUAUUUGUAGAGUUUCUUCACGCCCCUACCCCUAACCUCGGAAGAUUGAUUCAGGUCUUUGGUGACUAUACAUUUUCACCUAUUUAGUAUAUUUGGUCUGAAAUAGAAAAAGUAGUUUUGAACAGUUGUAACAGUGGCUGGUGUUUGUAGUUUAUGUAAGGAUUAAGCAAACUGUAAGUCAAGUCAUAGAUUAAUACAAAACUGAAGCAUUACCACAAAGAGCCGUUACAUUUUUUAAAAUAUAUAUAUAUAAAAUAUAACAUAUUAAUUUAUUUGAGAUUGUUUGGUAUUAUUUUACUUAGAAUUAAAAACAACCCUCCUUAGGUUGGAAGUGUAUCUCAUUUACUGUUAGCAUUUCCUCUGUUGUGGCACUGGGCUAUUUCAGUUUUUUGGUGAACUUCUACAUGCAUAAAACCUCUGAGAAACUGGCAAUUUGAAUCCCAUUCAUGUCUACUCAGAAGUAAGCUUCGCUGAACUGAAUGGGAUUUACACCCUGUUAAGUUUGUCUAGGAUUGCAGCCUUACUAGGCAUUACACAAGCAGUUUUGUCUGGCUGUUGUUUAGUAAGACUAAAAUAAGCAAAAAUUGCUAUCUGAAGAUUAGGAACAAUAUAAUUGAUGUAAUUAGGAUUUCUAUAGCAAUUCAGGCUAAAAAAAACCCUGUCCGUUAAAGUUAUUGUUCUUGUUAUCAUUGUUGCUGUUAUUAUUAUUAUUAUUAUUAUUAUUAUUAUUAUUUAUAUUAUAUUUAUGCUAACCAUAAAUCAAUUUUAUACACGUCACUGGAAACAUGAACUUACUUUUGCUGAAUAAGGAGGGGGAAAGAAGAAGAAAAACUUUGAAUGAAAUAUUGACAAUCAAGUAUAUACAAAGGAAAGACUGUGUUAGGGUGUAGGAGAAGAAAUCCUUCUGAAAUGCUCAGAAUGGAUUUUGAGGUAGGAAAUUACUAGAUCUAUCAAUAUUUAAUAUAGUCUUCUGUAGCAGACAUUGGUACAAUCCUUGUGUAAACAAAUGUUUCUGCCCGGAGCCUAAAAGGGACAAGAAACACAAACAUCCUUUUUCAACCCCCCCUGCCCACUCUUCCUCUUUAUUUAUAUGUUGCAUUUAAUCUCUUACCAGAUUUAUAAAGCUAUUCUCAACGUAGAAGUGGCAUUAGGUACAUGUUAGAAGCGAUACAUGCCCAUUAAUUCAGCAGGAAGUGUUCCUUAUCGCUUUAAAAAGCGCUCAGUUAAGAUUCAGAUCUUUUGAAUUCCCACAACAGAACUGUAGCGAAACCUCACUUUUCAGUUUGACUAAUAAUGCAACUCCAUCUCUCCAUGUCCUAAUGGCAACUCCUGCAAUUCUUUUUGUGUGAGAGGUUUUUACUCCUACAUUUGUGUCUGGCUGGAGUACCGUUUGGGGGCUUGUUUGUUUUAAAAAAUGCCAUGUUAAUAAUGAGAGAAGACGGGAAACGUAUCCUUUUGUUAAAUCUCACUUUUACCCGAGUGUUGUAGAUCUGUAAAACAAAACAGAAUAAACAGCUUCAAACGAAGAAAUAUUUUAACCACAUCUGGAUCUCAAGUGGCU